CUGCUGCCAGUCAUCUCUGCGAAGUUAACCGAAACGCACGCUCCGCGGCUUAGCGGACAAUUCAACAAAAUGUACGAGUAUCUAAAGCGUUUUGUACUGACAAAUCUUUUGACAUUGUACUACACAGGAGUGGCAUUAUUUUAUUGCGCGAUUACAUAUUUAAAAAAUCCAUUUUCAAAUCCAUGGGCUGUAAAAUUAAAGUUAGAACCGCCACCGCAAUUGACGGAUCCUAAGUAUGGAGUGCACAAAUACAUAAAAGUUAAUAAUACAAAAUUACAUUAUGUGGAAAGCGGCGAUUCCUCCAAACCUUUGAUGGUUUUCCUGCACGGAUUUCCCGAAUUUUGGUAUUCAUGGCGUUAUCAAAUACUCGAGUUUCAAAAGGACUAUUGGUGCGUAGCCGUUGAUAUGAGAGGCUAUGGCGACUCAGAAAGACCAGAAGGCGUUGAACAUUAUAAAAUGGAACUGUUAGUUGAAGAUGUAAGGGAUUUAAUUCGUCAGCUGGGACGCGAAAAAUUCAUGCUGGUUGCCCACGACUGGGGUGGUUUGAUCUCAUGCGAAUACCGCAAUAAGUACCCUGAGACGUUAAGUGGUCUAGUCUUGCUAGCAAGUGCUUCUCGCACGGCCUGGUUUCAAGAGGUUUGGACCUCAAGUCAUCAAAGACAACAGUCCUGGUAUGUGUUCCUGUACCGCAUGCCUAAGGUUCCGGAGUUACUUUUUUCCAUAAACGAUCUUCAAGUUUAUGACCAAGUCAUGGUAUUCCCGGGCAAGGCGACAAACAAGGAGGACAUUGAAUGCUAUAAAUACUGGUUCCGUAAGCCAUUUGCCCUCACUCCGCCAAUAAACUACUACCGAGCGAACUUCGGCGUCGACUGGCCUGAAAUUGUGGAACACAAAGAAAACGUGCCCAUGCUAGUUGGCCUCGCCGAAAAAGACAAUUAUCUUACCCCAGGCCUACUAGAUACUAUGAAAAAAGAAUACUCCUGCAUAGAGACAGCGAUAGUCAAGGACACCGCCCAUUUCCUUCAACAAGAGGAUCCUGACAAAGUCAACAACCUCAUCAGAGAAUUUCUUUCAAAGCAUAAUAUUUGAAUUGUACAAGUUCAUCUAAGUCGCUGGUCGGUCGUGGGUCCGAAUCAAAUUGUAUCCCAGUUUCUGAGGCCUGGCCCACUUCCUGUAACACCCAAGAUCUUUUGCAAUUGUUGUAGUUCACAGCCAGUUGCAUCGUUUUCCAAACUGCCAUAUUUUUGUAUUGAAAUGGCCCACAGAACGUCUUGCAUGAGAUUAAUAAAUUAAUUAAUUUACUACGUACCCAUUACCUACAUAUGAAUUAUUGUCGAUGUGUUCUUAUACCUAAGUAACGUGUGUAUAAAUAUAAACAACAUUGUAGUCAAUAGUUUUACCUAUAAUAUUACUUUUAUCUGAAUAUGAUACGUGUAUUUGAGAUGUCGAUGUUGAAGUAACUUAUCUUAUUUUCUUUGUUUGUUCAUCAUUGUAUCAUUAGUAUAUUCGUUUAUUUA